CCCGGUUUUGAAAUGCAGCUCAUUUUUGCUGCCACAGACUAUAAAAGGAGUAGGAGUAAAGGACUAUAAAAGGAGCUCGUCUCUGCAGUUAGAAGAACGAAUCCUCGAGGUUUUACCAAAACGUCUGCAGUCUGAGAAACUUCUGCAACAAUGAAGUUGCUUUUAGCAGGAAUUGUGCUAAUUUUCAUCGCUGGAUCUGAAGCUCAAUGGUUAAAUUUUCCUGUUCAAGCUGUUCAAGGGGCUGGUGACAUGUGGAGAGCCUAUCAGGACUUGAAAGAAUCUAAUUGGAUUAAAGGUGAUAAAUACUUCCAUGCCAGAGGAAACUACGAGGCUGCACAGAGAGGACCAGGAGGCGUGUGGGCUGCAGAGGUCAUCAGUGACCUCAGAGAGAGGAUGAAUGGAAUGUCAGGUCAGGGUCCUGAAGACGAAGCUGCCGAUCAGGCGGCAAAUCGCUGGGGACGAAGCGGAGGAGAUCCAAACCACUACAGGCCAAAGGGACUUCCAGAGAAAUACUGAGAAAUUUAAAAACUCCUGUUAAAACAUUACAGUGUUGAAGCCUGGUGGUCUCUGUUUCAAUGUAUGGCAAAUUAAAAAAGUUAUUUUUCUUUUUCUCUCUUUCUUUUUCAGCCUAAAGGAUCCAUGUUGGCCUGAAUAUGUUACAUUUUUCCUAUUACCUGAAACAUUGCUGUUUGUCAUACCCCAAAACUCAUAAUUACUUCAAAAAUGUAAAUCUUUUGAUAAAAUUUUCACCAUGGAGUUCGCCAUUUUUCAAAAAAACUAAAUAACCUACAGGAUUAUUACAGAAUUAUUUUUACAUUGAAGAUACAUAUUUCCCAAAUAAGGUCUAAUUUUAUAAGUGAUCGUGGUUCCCUUUAAAAUGAGAUCCUAUUUUAUUCAGGGCAGUUUGAUAUUUUACUCUUGCUUUAAAUAAACUAUUACUUCACAACAGACUAAGAUUUUUAAAUACUCUCUACCGCCCUCUACCUGUCACACAGUUAUUUCACUCCUACUGUUUGUUAGAUCUUUGUUUUUGUCUUGUUUUCUGCUCAGAGAACUCAUUUGGUUUCUGUUUCCCUUGGAGUUUUUUUGAAUCUUCUGUUGAGUUAAUGUUUUUAUAACCCAUGUUUUUAUCAUUAAAUAAUUACUCUCCUUUGUGCCAUCCUGUAAAAAGAAA